AUGUGCUGGCGUCGUGUGGUUCGGGAUGACGGCGGCCAUAUCAAUGCGUACCUGUUGCAGAAGAGAGAAGUGGCGGCGGCUGCGCCAGUGAGCUUUGGCUUUGGAACUUCUGCGCCAUCUGCCUCCGCACAAACAGCAACACCAGCCACAUCAUCCUCUACCGCCCCAGCCAAUGGCUUUGGCUUUGGGUUCGGUACUGCGCCGGUGCCGGCCGACAACAACAGUAAUGUUACAGCGAAUUUUGGUUUUGGGAGCUCAGUAGCAGGAGCUUCCGCCGGUGGUUCGUCUGUCACAUCUCCUGGCAGUGGUUUUGGCUUUGGGUUUGGCACCACUUCUUUGGCGAGCGAUAAGAGCCACAACGGUAACGCUCCAACGGGUGUUAACGCGAGCACUUUUGGAUUUGGUGCCGCAAAAACAAAUGAUACGGCAACACCGGUAGCGGCCGGAGCCUCUGCCCUUGACGCUUUGAUCCCACCAGCAUCGCAGGUGGUGUCUCCACUGAAGCCGAGUGAGGUGCUGUUCGCGCUUUGGUCGAAGAAGCGUCUGGCGGAGAUGACGAAGUCCCUUAAGUCGGGCAGCCGCAUUGUGUUGGAGGACUUUAAGCCAAAACCAAUGGAGCCGAGCAUCAAGCUGGUGAUGCAGAACGACCUCAAGGACGAUGUUGCCAAGACCGUGAGGCACCUGGUCCUCAACAAAAUCUUCGCGAAGCGCUGCGAUAAGAUUGUGGCGGUGGACCGCUGGAUCGACGCGUGCCCUGUGUACGAGGAGCACCUUGGCGCCGCAUUGCAGAAGUUCCGCGCCAACUACGUGCAAGAGACCGCGGAGGCCUCCGAGGANGUGUACGAGGAGCACCUUGGCGCCGCAUUGCAGAAGUUCCGCGCCAACUACGUGCAAGAGACCGCGGAGGCCUCCGAGGAGUUCCGCGUGCUGUACAACGAGUGCCGUACGCCGAUGGAGGCGGUGCUGCAGCGCAUCGUCGGAAUACGCAAAGAGGUCGUGCAUCGCGAGCUGGACUGCAUCGAGCACAUCACGCAGCAGGUCAAGGAGGGCAAGAUCGCGCAGAAGCAGACGUUCCGCCUCCUCAAGCACUACGCCGAGAACGACGUGAUGCGCUUCAGGCCGUUUGGGAAGGUCAGCGGCAUUUCCGAGAUGGGCGAGAGCGCCGAUGUGUGCGAGCCGCCGGCGCCUGUCUUCGUGAACCCCUUCGCCGCCGCGUGGCCCCACGCGUAG